AUGUCAGAAGUUUUGGACUCAAUUAUAGCGGCAAUUGACGGCACUGUAGUUGUGUCUUUUAUUGCUGGCUCAGGCAUAAUUUUGACAAGAGCCAAAGUAUUUUUUAUUUAUUCCCCCUCUAUGACCGAACAAAACCAUUGAAAAAUCCCUAUUUUUUUGCCCAAAAACCCACCCUCCGUGAGCGAACAUACAAUUUUUAUAUAUAAAGUGAUUAUUAGUAUAAUGAAAUCUCUAGCUAAUUCUGUUUAAUUUUAAACAAUUGCAUUUUAAAGCAUAAGUUUUACAAAUUAAAUUUAUUUUUGAAAAAAAAAUUUACUAUAAAAAUAUAUAUAAAUGUUUUUAAAAAAAAACCUCCGUAAGCGAAUAAAAUUUUUUUGUUCGCUCACCGAGGAGGGGAGUUAGGUACUUGAUAGAGCUGGAGCUGAAACUUUUGGAAAAAUUAUCAUUUACUUAUUGCUUCCUUGCCUUCUUUUUACAAAUAUGCUUCUCUACGUUGAUGUUUCUGAUGUAAAAAAUUUUGGUAUUGCUUUUGGCCUUGCUACAUUUCACUCUGUUGUUGGGUGUGGGUUGGGGUGGAUUUUAGCAAGGUUAACUGGAGCAAGAAGAGAAAUUAGAAGGUUGAUCAUGUGCUGCCUGGGAUUUCAAGACACAACAGCUUAUCCUCUAGCAUAUGCUAUUGUUCUAGGAGGAAAUAGUGUUACAGAUAAAGAUAAAAAUUUUAAAGACAGAGCUACUGAAUAUGUGCUGAUUUAUACCAUUUUUAUUGUUAUAUAUAAGUGGACCAUAGGAUGGGAGUAUGAUUCAUAUAGGAUUAUGAUGAAAAAGCGGUCUUCAAGACUUCCUGGCACAGAAAUCAUAAACAAGUCUGACAUCACUCCAGAGAACAUUGGACACAGUAGAUAUCUUCUCUGGAAAAUAAAAAGAGGUAUGACUCCUCCUAUAUGGGCUGCAAUCUUUGCAAUCCCUUUUGCAUUUAUCCCAUAUAGUCAAGAGUAUUUAUGGACAGGUUCAGGGUCAAUUUUAAGGAAAAAUAUCUUUCAAGCAAUGCUAUCAUUUGGAGGGUGUGCGUCUCCAUUGAUUUCAUUUAUUCUAGGCUCUAAUUUAAGUCAUGGUUAUCCUGCCACAGCUGAUAUCAGCAAGUAAAUUUUAUUCAGUCUUCAUAUUGCAGUUAUUAGAUUAGAUUAGAUUGUGCCAUUCGCUUUCGCAAGGUCGGGGAUUUCCACUCCUACACGCUCAUGAUCCCUGAGGGAUCUCAGCGGAUACCCUUCCUUGUUGCCGCAAACAAGGCAUUCGCUCACCAGUCUUGACUUCCGGAGUCUAAGGGUCAACCACCUGGGUCGAAACUCCCAGUUUCUCGUUAAGGCAAAUACUGUCUUCAGGAUCCGAGGGUCAUAUUGCCCUUCAGACAUUGGCCGACCUUGCCCUUUCCAAUAGCUGUACCGGAGGAAAAACUCUAAGUCAAGGGAUUAGCUCCCUGGGCCCGAAGAAAACCCAGCCCGACUAUGCAUAAAGUAUUGCCGACUCCUUUCCAUCUAAAUCCUCGACAUUGGGCCGUUGCUUGCAGGUGUUGAAGAAAUAGGGUCGAGAGGUCGGGUGGUCUGUCGUCACCAUUUUUAUGUGUAUAUAUUGCAGUUAUACUACUUGGACGUCUAGUACUCAUGCCUUUAAUCGGUCUCGGCGCGAUUGGUGGGCUUUAUUAUCUAGGAGUUAUCGUAAGUCUUAUUAUAGGGUCGGAUAAUGACACUUAUGAUGCAGAUUUGUUUUGCUGCUCCCAUUUCACUGCAGCUUCUUGUCAUUUGUGAAGACAGAAAAAAUCAAGAAGAAAACCUGUCAAAAGUAGUUGUUUUUGCAUAUGGGUUUGCAACAAUUAUGAUGCCAUUAUGGACUUCAAUAUUUUUGGUAUUACUUUACGAUUAA